AUGUCUGCACAACAUCAAGUCUUUGACACCGCUUCAUACGGUUCAAGAUACACGUUACAGUCAGCCCAACUACAAUCAUAACACCAUGUCGAUCUUUGCACCUCCACCAAAGCCCAAGACGCAGCUGGGCUGGCAUCGCAUUCUCUCACCAACUGCGAAUGUCAAAGUAUCGCCAAUCGCAAUCGGGGGUAUAAGCUUUGGUAAUGGCUGGAGCGAGUUGUUUGGUAAGAGCGAAGAUGCGUUCAAGCUCCUCGACACGUUCUAUGAGGCGGGAGGAAACUUCAUCGACACUGCGAAUCAUUACAAUGCUGAAGAGUCGGAAAAGCUUAUCGGUGAAUGGAUGGAGCUGCGUGGGGUAAGAGACCAGAUGGUCGUUGCUACCAAGUUUGGUGGCGGCCUCAAGUCUCACGAUCGCGAAGGCGCACUGCUGCAAAGUAACUAUUCCGGACCAUCUGCUAAGAGUAUGCACAUCUCUGUAAGAGAAAGCCUGAAGAAACUUAAAACAGACUACAUCGAUAUUCUUUAUGUGCAUUGGUGGGACGUCAACUGUAGCGUCGAAGAGGUGAUGCGCGGUCUUCAUGCUUUGGUCAUGGCGAAGCAAGUAUUGUAUCUGGGAGCAUCUGACAUCCCUGCAUGGGUCGUCGUUAAGGCAAACGCUUACGCUCGCCAUAACGGUUUGACUCCCUUCUCGAUCUAUCAAGGACGCUGGAAUGCGGCAUACCGCGAUAUGGAAUCAGAAAUCGUUCCCAUGUGCGAGGAUCAGGGCAUGGCCAUUGCCUCCUGGGCCUCGCUAGGUGGAGGUCAGUUGACGACGAAGGAGCAAAGAGAAAAGUUGAAGACUGAUCCCAACGCCGGCCGUGGGUUUUACGAAGCAACAGAAAACGACAUCAAAGUGUGUGAAGUGUUGGAGGAUCUGGCAAAUCGAAAGAAUGCCACAUUGCAAGACAUCGCUCUGGCAUACCUCUUCCACCAAUCAACCUACGUCUUCCCUAUCGUUGGCGUCCAAACCGUCGAGCAUGUCAAGGCGAUUCCAAAUGCAUUGAAUAUCCAGCUCUCGAACGAAGAGAUUGAUAGGAUCCACAACGCCGCACCCUUUGAUCCUCUUUUCCCGAACACAUUCCUCUUUGCCAACAAGGGGUACAACACGAGGUUGACUGCGGCGGAUCAGACGAACUACCAAAUGACGACGUGGAUCAAUGCGCCGCCGAAGCAGCAGCCAUAUGCGCCGAGAUCGUAGCUCAAGCUGCCAGACGUUGAC